GUGGUGGACAUCAUGCGGGUGAACGUGGACAAAGUGUUGGAGAGGGACCAGAAACUCUCCGAAUUGGACGACCGCGCGGACGCCCUCCAGGCCGGAGCCUCCCAGUUCGAGACCAGUGCC